CGAGUAUCAUUAUCAUUUAAUCGACAGAAAAGUGUAGCGGAGAAGAUGAUGGGCAUAACCAUGGAAGCCAUAGAAGAAAUGUACGUAACACUAAGGCCGAAAAGCUUAGGAAUAGCUGAUCUUGGAUGCUCAUCGGGUUCCAACGCUAUGUCGUACGUUAAAAGAAUCGUGGGCGCAGUACAGAACACGGCUAAGAAAUUUGAGCAGCCAGCGCCUAAUGAAAUCCGGGUUUGUCUGAAUGAUCUUCCGACAAACGACUUCAACACAAUAUUUCAGGCAUUGCCGGAUUUGUACGAGGAAUUGAAUAAAACAAUUAGGAGCAAUAUUUUUAUAGGUGCUUUUCCGGGCAGUUUUUUUGGCAGACUUUUCCCGGAAAAUAGCUUGCACUUUGUCUAUUCCUUCAACUGUUUGCACUGGCUAUCCAGGGUAUGUAUGCUUUCUUCUUCUCUCUGGUAA